GACGAUAUAUUGGUGUUACAUCCUUCAAUGAAGACUACGGUUUUAAGUGAAUUUCGCAUGACGGUUCAUGAAGUUAAGGAAACUCUUGACGCUACGGUGACUGAAAACAAAGAAGGCGAACGUUGUCUAAACAAUUAUGUUCUGAAAGAAGUCAUUGGCCAGGGAGCUUAUGGAACGGUCAAUUUAGCUGUAGAUAAGCUCACUGGAAAUAAAUAUGCUAUCAAAGAAUUUAGUAAAACUCGACUUCGUAAAAAAACUAACUAUUUCCGUCGUCCGCGUGGACGUUUUGGCAAAGUUAUGGAAAAUUAUGAUCCAUCAUCAUCGGAUCCUCUUUAUUUGAUCCGUGGUGAAGUUGCUGUCUUGAAAAAAUUAAAUCAUCCAAAUGUGAUCAAAUUGUUCGAAGUGUUGGAUGAUGAACAGGAUUCUUUAUAUAUGGAUAUCAAGCCCGAUAAUCUCCUUUUGUCUGCUGAAGGUGUUCUCAAGAUUGUAGAUUUUGGUGUGUCUGAGAUGUUUACUGAAGGGAAUGAUAAAAUGAAAAAAUCGGCUGGUAGUCCAGCUUUUAUGGCACCGGAGCAUCCAUGGGUAAAUAAUCACGGAAAAGAUCCUCUCAUAUCGACUGAAGAAAAUUGCAGUGAACUUGUCACCGAAAUUACGGUUGAUGACUUGAACUCUGCAAUUAAACUCUUAAGUUUUAGAAGCAUUGUUGUCGUGCAUCGUGCUGUUCAACAAUUCAAAAGACUGUCAAAGUCGCAUCAUUAUUCGGCAGAAGAAAUGGAUAAAUUGAAAAAGGAUGUACAGGAUGCCGAAGAAAAGAAAGAAAUGGAAGUAACUGAACAUAUUGCUAUUAUUACGGAAA